AUGGCCGAUGAGGACGUGCAAGUAAUUUAUAAGGGAUGGCUUCGAAAGUCCAUCACCGCCGAAACAAAGAAGAAGAGUUUUUUGAAUCGACAAAGUAGUACCUUGAAGAAGCGUUACUUUGUCUUGCUACGCCAAGCUGAUGAAGAAGAUGGAGAGGAGUGCGCAUUUCUGUACACGUAUGACAAAGAACCAGCCACUGAGUCAGAGGCACCCAAGGCUAAGCUUAAACUCUCCCCACACUAUCGGGUUGAUAAGAAACAUGAUGCUACAGGCAAGUGCUUCACCUUUGAGGUCCGUACCCCAGACGAGUCAUACCGGCUCCAGUCUGAGACGGAGACCAACAUGGACCUGUGGGUUUUCUAUCUUCAGAUACAAACAAAACUGAUGCAGGAGUUUCCAGGAUACUGCUUCGAGGUGACGCCGGAUGAAUCUGAUCCGAUGCGGAGGAUUGGAGCAAAGGGCUCCAAAUGCCUGCUACACAUUUCCAAAUGGGGUCUGACUCUUGCACUCAAGAGAACCAGAUCUCUCCUUGCCCAAUGGCCCCUGAAGAGCAUUCGCAUUUUUGAGAGCUCCGAGACGGGCGCUUUCUCUGUUGAUGCAGGACGCAGCGCCCCCAUGGGCGAGGCACGCUACCUUUUCGGCACAAAACCCUGCGAGGAUGGACAGAUGUAUGACCUGUUGGAUGCCUUCACAACAGAAAUGCAGGCACAGAGGAAUGUUGGAAGCAUGGAUCCUGACCAGCCGGCCACGGACGAGGAGGUUGUGCAGGAAUAUGAACGACUCCGACUUGCCACAUUUGGUCUCCUUAACCGAAGGACCGCCUCGGUGCUGAGUUCAGGGACCCCGUCAGCCAGUGCGGCUGUCCCUGUCCCACACAGUAGAGGGGCUACCGAGGGAUAUGAUCGCUUGCACAGGGCACAAGAAGUUGCACAUCAGCAAAUGGAGAGGCCCCCUGCGCCAGGUCCACGGUCACAUGGCAUUCAAAUCCGGAACAAUCAUCCUCAAGCACUUCCAAGAGGGGCCGGCCCACCACUUCCUCCGAGACAAGAGGGCAUCAGGAAGAGCCCCUCUUCCAGUUUUCAACGAUCUUACUCCGAACGCAGAGACGGGCAGAGUUUAGAAAGACACGAGUACCCGUUCCCGGAAAGCCUGAAGACUCCACCAUCAAGCUUCCAGAGAUCUUACUCAGAACGUGCACGGAGUUUGGAAGGAAGCGCAGAAAGCGCUGGGUACCCCGCCCAAGACUGCGGGCCCUAUGCUGUCAUGAAGGCUUCCGAAACCCCGCCAAGUGGGGUCAGAGUUCACCGGGCGUCUGAAGGAGACAUACUUCAGGGAGUGAGAGGCGCUGAAUUCCCCAGGAAUGUCGUCGCAACGGAUAAAUUCAAGCGGAUGGUGAGCAAUCCCGGCACCGGCAUGACGGAGUACGAGAUGAUGGCCAUUCGUCUCGGGCAAAACCCCUACCAAAACUCUGGGGUCUCGCUGUUGCCCAACAGUUACGAGAACACGCCCUUAAUCAGCCCCAGCCCACAAAAUAUGCCGACUGGUUUCGGAAACCUUGGAUUUGUCACUUCUCCCCAGAGUGUUGAAUCCGGUGGUCGGCUGCCACAGCAAAGAUACCAGACCCCAAACAGUGUAGCUGUCGAUGUCCACGCCGAUCAAACUGACAAACAUCAACCGAUCAGACAUUCAUAUUUUCAACACCAGUUCAGGGACAGUAAUUCAGGUGCAACUGCUCCCCGGGGGCCUGAAGUAGGAGCACAGAGAAGACCCCUGUCUGAUCUUCCAGGUUAUGCCGUGAUGAAGGAUGGAACGUUAGGGUCUCAUCAGUAUCAGGAGGUACGUUUAUGGCAGAGACCAACAACCCUUCGUAGGUCCAUGUCUGUUGGUCACCUGUUCAGGAGCCCCUCAGUAAGCAGCUCGAUCUCAUCAGUGUUCUCUGUAGGAUCACCAAUGCUUGGAUCUCUCGACUUGGCAGUUUCCUUACGAAGGGGUACGAGGGCUCCUACCUGGAUGGCUAACAGGGAGUUACCCUCCCCGCCGCCACCCGGCACAUUCACGCCCGAAUUCAACACGUACUGUGGGUCCCCUCGAGCAGUCCACCCACCAUUUGCUGACUUCAGUACUCUGAACGAUAACCCUACACCUUAUGAGGACUUCAAAGGGAACAGGAGUUCAUUCAACAACAACAACCAAAGACGAUCUGUGCUGUCGGCGAGCGAGGUACAGGGGCAGCUCUCCGAAGUAGCGUCUGAAAGAUCCGCAAGAGAGAAGCAGGAGAAUGAAGAUGGAUAUUUAGAGCCUGUGAUCAAGAUAAAGAGGUCUAGGUCUGAAGGUGACAUCCUGGAUGCUAUACAGACAGAUGACGAUCAGAGUGCAUCUCCGAGAGGUAAAAAAGCACACUCCCGAUCCCGCAAAGCAAGAGGUAUCUUUGCCACCCUGAGGAAAAGAACUAAGUCAAAUACAGAAGGAGCAGUUACGAGUGGUGGUGGCACUGCAGUAGCAGAGCCUGAACAAGAACCCUCCAGAUCAACUAACACUUCUGUUAUGAAGCGCUCACAGUCAAUUCCAGAUAUCCUCGAUGAGGGUCCACCAUUGUUUCCCCAACCAUACAAGCGCAGUCCCAAUGUCUCCGGUGUGAAACCUGCUAGUCACUCAAGCGUUGGCACAUCGCAGAAGUGGCGAAAGUUUGACCUUCCAAAGAUCUUUCGGUCGAGUGGCAAGACUGAAGCCAGAGAGGAUGUAGAAGGUGAGGGUAAGAAUGACGGCAAGACGGAGAGGAGGACAAGCAAGUCUUCCCUGACUGAUGUUCAGUCACCACCGAAGGCACAGGUUGGUCCUGUACCCUUCAUCAAAGGAAAUAUUGUUGCAUCUGAGAAGGCAAAAUCGUUUGUGAAAGUUCGCUCUAAGGCUAGUCCCAUCAUAGCCUCCAACCCAAGAAUGGUACCCUCAUCUCCUGUGGAUAUGGGUGUCCCAAGAAUGCACUCUCCGAAUCCAGGAGCAACACCUGUUCUGUCUCAAGUCGGAUUGGCCAACAAGGAAAGACUCCGUGAGGUCAUCAAUCGACCCCUACCGAGCCCGCCAACAGGUAAUGGCUCAAAAAAGACGCAAGUGAAGCAGUUUUCACCCGUUACGAAGCAAGGUAGCCCAGAUGUGAGCAGGCCAGCCAUUCCCCAAGUAAAGCGCAACAGUAAAAAAAAAACUCCUCCCCCUCCCCCGCCCCGUAAUCUGGUGCAAUCGUCCUUGCCUGCCCCGCCCCAGAACAUGGUACAAUCGUCCCCGCUUGCCCCUCCAUAUAACGUGGUGCAAUCCUCGCCCCCUGUCCCGCCGCGUAGCCUGGUGCAAUCCUCGCCUGACUGCGCCUCGCUCAAAUCUUCCCGGACAAACUCCAAUGCCUCGGAUUAUGAGAACACUGUGACGGUGGACAGACGCCUGUCCGGAUCGUCUCAACUCGCAAAGUCCUCCUCUUUUUCUGAUCGGAGCCUCGGGAGAUCGUCACUGGACAACGUGUCUCUACGCUCCUCGCGUACAAACUCCAAUGGCUCACAGUACGAGAACACCAGCUUCGGAUCACUGCCAGCCGAAGAGGACAUUUCCCACAGUCAAACCCGACGUCUUUCAAGUAGAAACUCAGGAGUUUCACUGAACAACACCGAACAAGAUGUAGCGGACACUUUUCUGUAGCGGAUACUUUUCUGUAAGGUAAGCUUUUACUUUCAGUAUUAUGGGAACAAACUUUCAUCACUGUUUCAAACAUGCAUCUAGACUUGUGUUGGAAAGUUCUACAAAUGUGUUUCAACUGUUCUCGUGAAUUAGGACAAAAUGUUAAGUUUAGGUUAACUUUCUACAAAUUUGCAAAAAAUAGUUGAGGGCUCUAUGUUUUGACCCUAGCAGAGUCAUGCUAGAAGUCUACAGUGGAUAUGGAAAGACUCUGCGAGGGUCAACAAGGCGGGUGAUUAAUAAUUGUUUCCAUGGUUGGUUAGCAGUUUGCAACAGCUUAUAAAAUACUAUUUUCUUGUUACAUAUAUUUAUAAAUUUUAUGCUGGGCAUGGAGUUUCGCGCAUAUCGAAAAUGAGAAGGCAAGUCUAAUUUCAAGUACAUUUCAGUACAUUACAGUACUUUAGGACAAUGUUUAUUAAACAAAAUUAUUUACUUUCUUGCCUUUGGUAAGAAAACCUACUUUUGAAUUCAGGGUCUAUCCUUGUCUAAAAAGUUGCACAUAGCAAGCAGGCCUUGCGCUUUCUU